UAGUGUGAACAAAGUUAGCAUGUAGCUGAACAAGUUACAAUAUUUGGAUAAAAUGCCCCCUGUUUCAAAAACAUUAAACAGUCAGCGGAGCGUUGAAGUGGCUCGAAAUGAGAAAUAUGCGAACGUGAACUUGGACAAGGUCGGCGAUCUCAAAAUGUUCACCGAGGAGCUUUUGUAUGACUACCGAAACCAAAAUAAACGUUUGGAUGAGUUGGAGUUCAUCGUAAAACACAUGACAGCAGAACAGAGUUCCGAAAAAAACGACGAGCGGAGAAUUAAUUUACUGAAAAUGCAAGUUCUGCAGUUAGAAAGACAAAUUCAAGUGCUUUAUGAAGGUAUAAAACAGCGCACGGGGCUUAUUAGCGACGCUGUUUCUACAAUCGAUAGAUCAUGUGACGAUUUGAGACGUUUCGUCGCACAAGAUGUAGGAAGUACGGAAGUUUCUGUUCCGAGGAGAGUUUUAAUUUCUAGCGUUGAACACUUAAAUGGGGCGAAGAAUCAGCUGUCACAAUCAUGUCAUGUGUUAGACUCAGUGGCAUUGGGAAAACCAGUUUUGUUUGACGCCGCAAUUAAUUCUUCCGUAUGGCCAGCUAAUAAAGCCGAAGUGAGUUUCAGAGGCUUAGAUCCUGAUCAGGGUAAUCUGUCCUUACUCGACUUGAUAGUAUCCUCAACAUUCCAAGAAAAGCUGAAUUUAAUUAGCCUGCCAAAUCUGGAAUCUCUGGUUUCGAACGUUCAUAAAGACUUAACUGGGAUAAAACAAGCGGUUUGCAAUCUAAACAGACCUAUUUCAAUGUUGGAGUCAACCGCUAUUGACUGCCUGUCGCUCCCCUUGGACAAACUUAAUUCCCAAGUAUCAUGUUGUUUACAUGCUCUGGAGAGUGUUUCAAGCGAACUGUUGCUUCUGGCGUUUUUAUUUCCACAGCUCAGUGUCAAAAAGCGAAAAAAGAAAGCCGUGAAGAUAGACGAAAGCGGCUAUUUUAUAACUCAACAAUCGGUCUAUAAAGCAUUUGCGCCCUUUUUGAAGAACACCAACGUUGUCGGUGUCUCAGAAGUCAUUGGAUCAUUUAUUGAUUGCAUGCAGUUACAAUGCAACGUCUCUAAUCAUGUGAGACAGGCAGCAGAGAACGAAUGUAAGUUUUACAGUUCAGUCUACGAACUUCAGAUCAAAUACCAGACUGAUCUGUUUGAGUUAACUCAAGUUGCGUUCGAGAACUUCAACAAAGAUCUGAAACAGGAAUUAUGUGACCCGCUUGCCGACGUUUUAACUCAUUACGAAAGACUUACUCAGAAACCCACUGAUGAAAAUCUGAAAACUUUCCUAAAAGUUUUCAAACAACACGCGGAUAAAAUUACUAAAUCGAACUAUGCGAUUCUAAGAAAUGACGAUAAAGGCCAAAGUGCAAUUUCCGAGUUUGGUUCGGGGUUUCAAGAUUCAGUUCUUAAACUCCGUAGAAAACGAGUAGCGGAUAUAAAGGACGAAGCAUUGGCUCUCGAAGACGCUGAAAAUGACUGGAAACGAUUUCUAAUAUAUAAUCCUAAUUUUGAAAAGGAUAGUUUACCCGAAAACAUUGCAGGUAGUGAUAGUUCCAGACCCUCGACGCAAAGAAGUAGUCGAAGCACAGCUGACAGAAGUUCGCAAGUUCGUAUUCGGACAUCUUCGAUUACGAGAAGCAGUGAAAAAAUGAAUCCUAAAGAAACCUUGCCAAACAUUUCGCCAACACAUGUGCCUAAGGAUCACGGGCUGCCAGUCGUUAAAAGCAAGAAGAAGCGUCCACCUAGAGUAUCAUCUCAAUAUCCAUUACCCGAUAUGGAGUUCUAGGUUGAUUUUUGAUCGAGUGAAUUAAAUCAUUUUGAGUGCCUUGAUAUGACAUUUAAUAUAACAAUUGUAUCAUACUGUACAUAGAUGUGAAAAUGAU